GCUGCUGCAUGAAUUUAUGCAUUAACAUUCAUCAAACACAUGAGGCUGCAAUUUGGAAAAACCUUCAAGCUAAUGCUGCUGAAAUGGAGGUCAAGGGGACUGAAGAGGUGGCUCCAGCCGGCAGAUCAGAAGGGAGGACUUCAGGAGGCAGACACACUAUUUCACUGCAGUACUGCCAACUGGACAGUGGGCAUGCUACAUAAAGUAUAAAAGCAGGGCUCUUUCUGGAACUUCACAAAAUCUUCCUCUGAGAUUCUGAAGGCAACGAUCUGAAAACCAAGUUUCAUCAUGGCAAUGCUGAGAAGUCUUCUGCUUCUUUUCGUUGUGUUCUCCAUGGGGAAGGCAGGAGUUAAAAAAUGCCCCUAUGGAUGGACAAAUUUUGGAGUCCGAUGCUACAAGUUCUUCUCUCAGACGGUCAACUGGGUCACAGCAGAGAGGAACUGCCUAAGUCUGGAUGCAAAUCUUGCAUCUGUACAUAGUAAAAUAGAACAAGAUUUUCUUCUGAGUCUGUUGCCGUCGCCUUCCACACGUUGUUGGUUUGGUACUCACGAUGGUAACCAUAAAGGACAAUGGUUGUGGACUGACGGAACUCCAUAUGACUACACUAACUGGGGCCCUUCACAACCUUCUGGUGGUACUGAGAACUGCGGGGAGUUCAACUUCAACCCUAACCUUUGGAACGAUCAAACCUGUGCAAACACGCAGGCUUAUGUUUGUGCUAAAGACCUGUGAGAUCACAUGCAGUCAUCCUGCUCCACAGUUACUUUGACAAGUGUUAUUCUGAAAUUAAAAUUUUCUUAAAUAUUUUCUCAGCUUUAAUUUCUUCCCAGUACUGUACCACCCCUCAAAUCAAUA